GCUUUGACGUCAGUACGUCUGUUUCCACUGAAACUCAACUGGAAGAGAAGUGCUGUGAAACUGACCAAGUGGGAUCUUUAUCAAGGGUUUAACAAGAAAAGGGGAUUUUUUUUUUAAAUUAAGAAGAAACGAUUACUGCUGACAAGGGGUCCAGUGGCUUGGGCGCUUUGUGGGAUUGGAUCAAUCACUUUUCUCCUCCCUGGUGCCAAGUCUGCAACUUUGUUUGAGAAGCCUGGUUGCUUUGGUUUUACAAAGUAUCGAGUUCCGAUGUAACAAUGUUGUCGAACGUUGCGACAGCCAGGGAUCCGCAGCAAGGCAACCAGAUCCAGGAGCCGCCGCCGGCUCCCCUUUACCCUCCUCCCCCGCCUCAGUUCCAGCUCCAGAGAACCGGCGCUCAGACUAAGAAAAACGCCAUCACCGACGACUACAAGGUCACGGCGCAGGUUUUGGGAUUGGGCAUCAAUGGCAAAGUUUUGGAAUGUUUUAACAAGAAAACGGGGGAGAAAUUUGCCCUGAAGAUGUUGCAGGACUGUCCAAAAGCCCGGCGAGAGGUUGAUCUACACUGGCGAGCAUCUGGCUGUACACACAUUGUACGAAUUGUAGAUGUCUAUGAGAAUCUGUAUCAGGGAAGGAAGUGCCUACUUAUAGUGAUGGAAUGUAUGGAAGGAGGUGAGCUGUUCAGCAGAAUCCAGGACCGAGGGGAUCAGGCAUUCACAGAAAGAGAGGGCUCCGAAAUAAUGAAAAGCAUUGGAGAAGCAGUACAGCACCUACAUUCAGUGAACAUUGCACAUCGGGAUGUGAAGCCAGAAAAUUUGUUGUACACCACCAAAAGACCCAAUGCUAUUCUGAAACUAACAGAUUUUGGCUUUGCCAAAGAAACCACCAGCUACAAUUCAUUAGCCACCCCUUGCUAUACUCCAUAUUAUGUGGCUCCUGAAGUUCUUGGGCCUGAAAAGUAUGACAAAUCUUGUGAUAUGUGGUCCUUGGGUGUAAUAAUGUACAUACUGUUGUGUGGCUAUCCACCAUUCUACUCCAACCACGGACUGGCCAUCUCACCUGGAAUGAAGAAGCGAAUCCGAAUGGGACAGUAUGAAUUCCCCAAUCCAGAAUGGUCUGAAGUAUCGGAGGAGGCCAAACAACUGAUCAGACACCUCCUGAAGACUGAGCCAACACAGCGCAUGACCAUCAUGGAAUUUAUGAAUCAUCCAUGGAUUAAUCAAUCAAUGCAGGUACCGCAGACACCUCUUCAUACCAGCAGAGUACUGAAAGAAGAGAAAGACCUAUGGGAAGAUGUAAAGGAGGAGAUGACCAGUGCCUUGGCAACCAUGAGGGUCGACUAUGAACAAAUUAAAAUCAAAAAGAUAGAAGAGUCUUGCAAUCCCUUGCUGAUAAAAAGGAGAAAGAAGGCCUUAACUGCCCCAACUCCAGCCAGCCACUGAAAAACAACACUGGGAAGUUCUCCAGGAAGUGGGCCUCACUAAUUUUUUUUAGAAACUUCUUUUUAAGUGUCGCAUGAAGUUCAGAAAUUUUUAAUCAGUUGGCUUUUUGGAUUUUUUUUUAAGAUUUAUUUUGAUUCUGCCUCUUGUGCUGAGGUGAACACUCUAUCAUGAUACUACUAGGCCAAUAUGUGGCGAGGUUUUUUUAAAACCAGUGUAAAAGAAUUGUGUGGAGUUGGGGGGUGGGGUGGGGGUAGGGUUGUUGGGGAAGGUCACUUUGUGAAUUCUGUGAAAGGCUGAUUCAGUCUUUCAGCUGAAUAUUUCUUUCUGAUUUUGUUGUUCUGUGUAAAGCUUAUUUCAGAGAAAUUUCAUUCAUGCCUUCUUGCAGUUUGUCUUAUUUAAAGCUUUACUCGAUUACUUUAAAACCAUCUUAGUUUCAUGGGAUUAAAAUUUUAAAAGAUCACGAUAUUCAUUAUAUUUAAAGGUUUUUAACGCUAAAAGCUGUAUUAUCAAUAGCUUGCAUUAAUUUUUUUUUCAUGGAUUUCUAAACAAAUCUACAAAAUCUGAAAUUCCCCAUGAACAGAACAGGUUUUACAGUAUUCCAAUUUCAAAUGCAGGCUUGCAAUAUAAAUUUUAUAUGAAGUAAACUUCAGAUGUUUCUAGAUGUGCCGAGUUUUGGAGUUCUCAUGCUUUGACAAUACUCGUGCUCAGACUCUAAAUGGUUAAAUUAACCAUUACCUUGGCCGUAAUGAUCCUUCAGAUUAGUUGGAAUAUGGUCACAAUUGGAACUGUUGCCAUGAUUGCCAAUAAUGUCUGGGAGGGAUCUUUCUAUUCCUGCCAUCUACCAGCAACCAUCUAGUUCUCAUUGCAUCAUGUGAAUGUCUGUACAUUAAGUAAUUACAAAAUGCAACACUUCUU